CAGCAGCUUCAGAGAGGCCCCCAGCAGCAGCAGCAGCUUCAGAGAGGCCCCCAGCAGCAGCAGCUUCAGAGGGGCCCCCAGCAGCAGCAGCUUCAGAGAGGCCCCCAGCAGCAGCAGCUUCAGAGGGGCCCUCGACAGCAGGUUCAGAAGGGCCCCCAGCAGCAGCAGCAGCUUCAGAGAGGCCCCCAGCAGCAGCAGGUUCAGAAGGGCCCUCGGCAGCUGCAGCUUCAGAGCGGCCCCCAGCAGCAGCAGCAGCAGCAGCAGCAGCUUCAGAGCGGCCCCCAGCAGCAGGUUCGGAAGGGCCCCCAGCAGCAGGUUCAGGGGGGCCCCCUGCAGCAACUCCAGGGCCCCCCCCAGCAGCAGCAGGUUCACGGGGCCCCCCAGCAGCAGGUUUGGGGGGGGCCCCAGCAGCAGGUUCAGGGGGGCCUCGCGCUGCAGCUUUAAUUGAUGCGUGCAUAGUACAAGGGGGCCCCCCUUCUGCUGCUGCUGCUGCACUGGAGCCUCAAGGUUUAAAUGAAGGGCCCCCAAGCAAUUUAGGGGGCCCCCCUUGUUCUGAAUCUCCUUCAGGUAGAGGGUGGGGGCCCCUGUUGUACGGCAGAAGUGAGGGCCCCCCCAGGGGGUUGUUGGGGGCCCCUCUUCUUCUUCCUAACAGAAAAGUUCAUAGUACACAACAGGGGCCCCCUGGAAGCAGCAGCAGCAGCAGCAGCAGCAGCGAGGGGGGGGGCCCUCUACAAGAGAAGGGGGGCCCUCCUGAACAAGAGGAGGGGGCCCCCUUAGAUGAAGGGGGCCUCCCUAUACAAACUGAGGGGCCCCCCCUUCUAUCUUCUGCUCUGCACAGCAGCACCUCUGUAUCAUCUCUUCCUUUAGGGGGCCCCCCCUCCUCCUCAACAAUAAAUCUAAUAGAAACUUCACAUCUUAGGGCCCCCUCUUCUAACCUCCAGGGGGCCCCUCAACUCCAGGGGGCCCCCCAACCCCAGGGGGCCCCUCAUACAGAGGAGGGCCCCCACCAUAUGGGGGCCCCCCAACCCCAAGGGGCCCCCCAGCCUGAGGGGGCCCCCCAUCCUGAGGGGGCCCCCCAUCCUGAGGGGGGCCCCCAUCCUGAGGGGGCCCCCCAUUCUGAGGGGGCCCCCCAGCCUGAAGAGGCCCCCCAGCCUGUGGGGGGCCCCCAACAUGAGGGGGGCCCCCUGCACCGCAGCCCUCAUUUGUCGUUAUCUGGUGGUUUCGUUCCUUCUCUAAAUGCUGCUGCUGCAGAGGCUUCAGACCCGCAGCAGCAAAUAUAUCAAACCAGGGGUCCUCAGGGGCCCCCUCUCUCCCCUCAACCCAACAGCAACGGCAGCAGCAGCAGCAACAGCAGCAACAAGGAAACGAUGGAGGUCUCUGGGGCCCCUGAAGCGCUGGGAGCCUCAGAGUUUGAGGCGACACAGGGGGCCCCCCAACCUCCUGUACCCCUACAGGCUCUGGGGGCUUCGGGGGCCCCCCGUACUCCUGAGGUCUUGGGGCCCCCGGGGGCCCCUCAAGCGUUUGCUGUGGGUUCGACUGCCUUCGAUCCAGUGUUAACCUCAACAACACCCUCCAGGGGGCCCCUUGUGGGGCCCCAGGGGGCCCCCGAGGUACCUCCAAGAGGGGGCCCCCAGGGGCCCCAGGGGGGGCCCCAGGUGCCUCCAAUAGGGGGCCCUCAGGGGCCCCAGGGGGGCCCCCACUGGGAGGAUGUUGUUGAGGCAGCAGACGAUGAAAAGGAGCUAACAACGCCUUACAUUGCUCCAGGGGGGGCCCCCCUUGCAGGGGCCCCCCAUGAGGGGGCCCCUGAGCAGCAAAGGUUGUUGGGGUCUGGAGAUAGUGAGGGGGCCUCCGGGUCUGAAGGUGUACUGGGGGCCCCUCCUUUGGAAGAAGCAGCAGCAGCAGCAGCUGCUGCUGCAGCAGCAGCAGCAGCUGCUGCUGCUGCUGCUACGCCCCACCUGAGCGAACAGCAAGGACAAACAGAGAAAACCUUCAAGGGGGCCCCCCAAGAGAGGCCCCUGACAUCAAAGGAGCGGGCCCCCGCUGCAGGGGGCCCCCUGGAAGCCCGUGAAGUAGGGUACCAGGGGGGCCCCCCGAGUGCAGAUGUUGCUGCUGUUGGGGGGCCCCCCGAGCGCAUGCAGAGCCGUAAAUCAAAACAAAGAGGGAGGGGCCCCCCCCCCUUCGAAGACUCCAGCGACAGCAGCGGUAUUCACAGUGCAGCUGACGAUAUUCAGGGGGGCCCCCCUACGAGACCCUUAGAGGGGGGCCCCCAGGAGCCCUUGGGGGCCCCUAUGUUGGGGGUGUUGAGGCUCCCCUCAGCCUCUAGAGUGCCGCGCCUGAGGGUAGGUAGCAGGGGUAGCACCACUGCUGCCGUCAGCCAGCAGCAGCUGCUGCAAGAGCAAGCGGAGGAGCAGCACCAGCAACAACAAGCGGAACAGCAGCAGCAACAGCAAAUGGAGCAGCAGCAGCAGCACCAAGCGGAGCAACAGCAGCAACAAACGGAGCAGCAGCAGCAGCAGCAGCUUCUCCUGCGGGAGGAGGAGCAGCAACAAAAAACGAUGCAGCAGCAGCAACAGCAACACGAGCACGUGCAGCAGCAGCAGCAGCAGCAGCAGCAGCAACAGCAGCAACCGCAGCAGCAAGGGACUGCCCCAAGCGUGAGGGGAGUUUUCGCAAGCCUCUGGAGUCGCCUCCGCUGGGGACCGGGCGAAGGGCAGGAGCAGCAGCAGCAGCAACAGCAGCAGCAACAGCAACAGCAGCAGCAGCAGCAACACCAGCAGGGAGAGCCUCACCACCUUCGCCGCCCCAGGCGUGUAAGCGGAGUCUUUGCGCAGCUUAAGGGAGACCCCAAGCUGCUGCAGCAGCAGCAGCAGAAGGAGCAGCAGCAGCAGCAGAAGGAGCAGCAGCACCAACAACAGCAGCUUGGGGAGCAGCACGUGCAGGAGCAGCAACAGAAGGAGCAGCAGCAGCAACAGAUUCAGGAGAAGCACCAUGAGGAGCAGCAGCAGCACACGCUUCAACAACAACAACACCAGCAGCAGCAGCAGGAUCAGCAGCAGCAGCAACCGCAGCAGCAGGAGCAGCUGCACGAGGGGAAGCAUUACCAGCAGCAGCAGCAGCAACAACAACAGCACCAGCGAGCUCUUCAUGAAGAGACAACGGGCUGGAAUGAACAAGCAGCAGCAGCAGCAGCAGCAGCAGCUCCUGCAACGUUUUCCCCUGGCAGCCGCGCCUUAGCACGUCGCCGAGUCCGGGGCCCUCUUCCGCAGCAGCAGCAGAAGCACAAGCAGCAAGAGGUGCAGCAGCAGCAAGAAAGGGAGCCCACUGAGCGUCCCGAGGCAACUGCAGCAGCAGAGCGGCAGCCAGGGCUGCUGCCUGCUGCUGCUGCUGCAGCAGUUGCUGCUGAGCAUCCGCCCCGUAGGAGGGUCUCUCGUCCGCGCAGCAUUAGACAGCAGCAGCAGCAGCAGCAAGAAGACCAACAGCAGCAGCAACAGCUGCAGCAACAGCAGCAGCAGGAAAAACUGCAGCAGCAAGAGCCCGAAGGAACAGCAGAGGGCAGUACUACCACCAGGAGCAGCAGCAGCAGCAGCAGCAGCAGCAGCAGCAGCAGCAGCACCUGGUUUAGGUUUUUGGGGUCUGGUUCGUUCAAGGGGGAGACCGAGAAUUUUAUCAUCGUGUUGCCUUCGCAUGCAGAUGAUGCUAUUCUACCUCUGAGCGCCCCUUAUCGCGUGUUAGAGAACCCAGAGGGGAGUUCGAUGUUGCUGCUGCACCCGCUUUCUUCUGCUGCAGCAGCAGCAGCAGCAGCGGCAUGGGGCUCAUCUCUCAGAGAUGGCGGCUCAGCAGAAACAGCCGCAGCAGCAGCAGCUGCUGCUGCAGCAGCAGAAACAGGAGACAGCCCAGCAAAAGGCAAACCUUCUGCUGCUGCUUCGCUGCAGCUGCCUCUUCACCUUCGCAGCACUGAGCAGAGACAGACGAAAAUGCCGGCGGCCCUGAGACACCCCCGCCGCCUGUGCGUCUCAUUCCCCUCUUCGACUUCUAACGGACACUCAGCAGCAGCAGCAGCAGCAGAUGCAGCAGCAGCAGCAGAUAAUGCAGCAGCUGCUUCAGCAGGGGAUGCAUCAGCAGUAGCAGCGGCAGAUGCUGCAGCAGCUGGUGCAGCAAGAGAUACAGCAGCAGCAGCAGCAGGUGCUGCUGCUGCAGGUGAGUCUCGGCUUAUGCUGCGGGGUCUCUCUGCUUCUUCUUUUUGUCUAUUCCCUGUCCUUGCUGCUGCAGCACCACCGCCAGAAGAUCUGCUGUUUUAUACAGCCCAUGAGGAAACACUCAACCCAACAGCAGCAGCAGCAGCAGCAGCAGCAGCAGCAGCCGCAGAAGCAGCAGAAGCAGAAGCAGAAGUAGCAGAAACUGCAGCAACCGCUGCAGCCGCUGCAGCAGCGGAAACUGCAGGAGCAGCAACAGGAGCAACAGGAGCAGCAGGAAUAGAAGCAGUAGCAGCUGCAGAAGCAGCAGCAGCAACAGCAGCAAAAGAAGCAGCAGCAGCAGCAGGAGCAGGAGCAGAAGCAGCAACAGCAUUAGCGGAAGCAGCAGCUGCAGCAGCAGAAGCGGACGCAGCAGCAGCAGGAGCCGAAGCAGCAGCUGCAGCAGCAGAAGCGGCAGCAGCAGCAACAGCAGCAGCAGCAGCAACAGCAGCAGCAGCAGCAACAGCAGCAGGAGCUGUAGCAGUGCGUUGUUAUCCCCUGGGCCUGGAGAGCGCCUCUGCUGCUGCGUAUUUAAUAGAGAAGUUCCUGCCUCUGUUCGCUGCAGCAGCAGCAGCAGCUGCUGCUGCUGCUGCUACGCCCAUCUGCAUCGCCUGGAUGCCUCAAGAGCACAACAAAUUUAUGCAUAUUAUUUCUUCGUCUUCUUCUUCUGUCUCCCUGCUACCUCUUUGGACUCCUACUGCACAGCAGCCAAACGCGAGCAGCCCUGCUGCUGCGGGCGCAGCUGCAGCAGCAGCAGCACCAGCAGCAGCAGCAGCAGCAACAAGAGAGCCCCCCGUUUUGCUUCGGCCUCCCAAGCGUCCGUGGGAUAUUUAUUUCGCGCUGCUGCCUGGGUGUGAGCAGCAGCAGCAGCAACAGCAACGCGACACUGCAGCAGCAGCAGCAGCAGCAGCAGCUGCUGCUGCUGCUGCUGCUGCUAGUGUGGAUAUGCUGAGGAGACAGCUGAUAUCUCCUGGGGGCCCCCUGUACAAUGUUUUUACAGCAACAGAAACUGCUGCAGUAAAGGAAGCCAUGGAGGCAGCAAGAAUGUUCAUACAACACGAUGCUGCACACACGCAGCAGCAGCAGCAGCAGCAGCAGCAGCAGCAGCAAGAAGGUGUCUGGUGGUCUAAUGAGGCGUUGCCUGUGCUGCAGUUGCUGCUGCGAAUGGAACUCCGCAGCAUUUUGAGGAAAGAAGGCACAGAAGGCUGCUACUUAGCAAUUCGGCUGUGCGGGUCGGAGCCUCAGGUAGAGGUUGUGGGGCCUCGUCCUUCUCUGCUUUUUUUAUUAUUUGAAUUGCGGCGUCUGCUGCGCCGAGCUGCCCCUUCUGCGGUGUAUAGGCAGAUCUGUGUGGGGCCCAAGCCGACACAGCGGAUGCUGAUGCAGGUAGCAGCAGCAGCAGAAGCAGCUGCUGCUGUUGCUGCAGUUUGGAGGGACCAGCAGCAGCAGCAGCAGCAGCAGCAGCAGCAGCAGCAGCAGCAACAGCAACAGCAGCAGCUGGUGCUCUUGGGGUGGACCUCCCGCUCGCUGGAGGCAGCGGCAGCUGCAGCAGCAGCUGCUGCUGCUAAAGGAGAUUCGGCUGCUGUUGCUGCUGACCCUGCAGCAGCAGAGCCCAAGGUGUUUCCGUGGGAGUUUGUGCCUCCCGAAUUGCGUUGGGGUUUUUCUCUGCUGCGAUUUUUGCAAACCCCUGCGGGCGGCGAGCUGCGAGCAGCAGCAAAGUAUUAUAAGGGGCGGUUGUUGGGUGGUUUUGCUGCUCCCCGUUUGGUUUGUUUGGACAGCCUUCGAUUGCCUGCUGAGGAGACACUUCAAUUAGUGCUGCUGCAGUUUGCUGCUGCAGUGUCUAUACACCGCAGACCUCUCCCUUGGCAGGCUGCUGCUGCUCUCUCAGCCCAGGCCCUACACGAAGCCAACCUGCUGCUGCUGCAGCAGCACGAAGAGCAGCAGCAGCAGCAGCAGCAGCAGAUGUGGGGUCAAGUUGCUACGGACGUUCCGACAGCAGCAGCAACUGCAGCAGCAGAAGCAACAGCAGCAGCUGCUGCUGCACCUGCUGCUGCUGCUAUACCUUUACCUUCUCUUUCCUUUCCGCUGCUGACUGAGGCCUUUAAGAACUCCGCUGUAGCUUCUCUGUCUCCUCAUCCUGGAGCAGCAGCAGCAGCAGCAGCAGCAGCAGCAGAGUCAUGUGGGGUUGUGGGGCGACUGCCUUUGGCUGCACUUUCAGGUGUACAGGCAGAGGGAUCCGAUCCGCUGCUGCAGCUGCAUGAUUGCUGCAGCGUUGAAACAAAAGACAAAGAACAAGAAGACGAAGAGUUUGGUGUUGCUGCAGCACAACCGCCUGCUGAUGUGCAGGAUAUGUGGCUGCUGCUGCCUCCGGGGGGAGGGCUCUCAGCUUCUGUCUUGGAGUUGCUGCUGCAGCUGCAGGAACAGCAGCAACAGCAGCAGCAACAGCAACAGCAGCAGCAGCACUAUGCUUCAUUAAGGAGAGACAACAGCAUUUUGCUGCUUGAUGCAGAGGCUUUUGGAGCCCCCAGAUGCCCGUGGAAGGGGCUAAUAGCUUCAGGCACUGCUGCUGCUGCAGCACCAGCAGCAGCAGCAGCAGCAGCAGCAGAUGCAACCCCGUCUUCUGUGUCCAGCAGCGAGGAUCCUGUUGAAGGCUGCGAGGUGCCGGGAGGGAACAAGACCAGCAGCAGCAGCAGCAACAGCAGCAACAACAGCAGCAACAACAGCAGCAGCAGCAGCAACACUGACAGCAGCAGCAACAGCAGCAGCAGCAGCAGCAGGGGGAAUGCCGUUUCGGAGGUGUCUGGUGAAGACGUUGAGGGUUUGGGGGCUCAUAGGAAGCAGCAAGGAAAGGGUUUGCAGCGCUUAGGGUGGAGCGAUAACCGGGUUGCCUCCUUCUGUGUUUCUUUUCCCGUUUUGUUUGGGGGGCCGUUUGAUUGGGCCUCGGGGAGAAAACCGCAGGAGACUGACAAUGAGAACAAGAGCUUUUUCUGCUAUCAGGGCCCCGAUGGGCGGGAGUGGCGCCGGGUGUUGGUGGGGGGCCCCCUGGAGGUGCGGCUGAAUAUGGCAGCAGAAAUAUUUCGCUUGCUGCAGCUCAACUCUGAUAUUAAUAAUACUCCUAACUUCACAAAGACGGAGGCAAAGGCAUUAGCAGCAGAUCCGACGGUCCCCCUGGCGCAGUGCCUGCACUUCCAAGCAAUCAAGCAAACCCCUCAGCCCACCAUUAUCUCAGAGUCUUUUUGGCGGAGUUUAGUUUUUGCUGCUGAAUGCAGUUGGCUGCAGCUGUCGGUGUCUCUCAGCAUCAAUGCUGCAGCAGCAACAGCAGCAGCAGUAGCAGCAGCAGAAGCGAAGCUGAAACAGCCUUUAUCAGCAGCAUUUAAACUUAGGGGUUUAGAGUUUGUCUCCUGCUCCCUUGAAAGCUCCUCAGCAGCUGCGCCUGUUGCUGGCGAUGCUGCAGCAGCAGAUACAGCAACAGCAACAGCUGCUGCUGCUGCUAGGUGUGUGGGGGCCCAGCUAGAACCUGCUGCAGCGAAGCAGCAGCUUGAGGUAGAGCUGCAGCUUAGAGGAAGCGCUCUGAUUAUUAACGCUGUUGGUUUUGCUGCAGCAGCAGAAUUUGUCCGUCUGAUUGGAGGAGAGGGAUUCACUUGCCGCAACCCUGUGCAGUGGUUCUGCUGCAGCAGCAACAGCAGCAGCAGCAGCAACAGCAGCAGCAGCAGCAGCAGGAGUUGGGGUUUCAAUGAAGACAGGUGGAAACGGCUGCCGAAGGCAGCAGAAGAACAGCUAAACGAAAUUUGCUGCUCGCUUACUGCUGCAGCAUUGCCUCUUGCUGCUAUGCCUGCACCUCUUGCUGCUGCAGCAGCUGCAGCAGCAGCAGAAGCAGCUUUUACUGUUGGGGACACCCGCUAUGUCGUCCAGACAGCUAAUAUUAAACGCAUGCUGGAGGGAAGGGGAGACCCUUGGAUAGAAGCGCAACCUGCAGUACACAGCAGCAGCAGCAGCAGCAGCAGCAGCAGCAGCAGCAUACUGGUGUCCCGCAUCAGUCUGCUGCCUACCGCCAUUAGUUUGAGUAAACGGAAUAUUGAAGAGGGGCCCAUUGGAGCCAAGCGAGCACAGAAGCUGAAGUUUCUGCAGCAGCAGCAGCAAUCUGAAAAGCCUGCUGCUAAGGCGGAGGGAAGAGAAGACAGCCAAAAGACGAAGAAGGAAAAGCUUAGGGAAGCAGAACAGAGAAAAAGAUGUCUCACCGGCACAGCUCUUUUGCAGCAGCCUCAGGCAGAGGAGUUAGUAUUAAACAAUCAAGAUAAAGAAAACAUUGAAGAAGAUAAAAGAGAGAAACAAACGAAGAAGCAGACACACACGGAAACUGCUGCAGCAAGUGAAGAGAAAUGCAACACCACAGCAGAAACUCAACCCCCAGAAGAAAGCGCAGAGAAAACUGCUCCAGCAGCAGAAGCUGCAGCUGCAGCACCAGCAGAGGGAGCUGAAGCAGCAGCAGCAGCAGCAGCAGCAGCAGAGGGAGCUGAGGCAGCAGAAGCUGCAGUAGAGGGAGCAGAAGUAGCAGAAGCUGCAGCAGAAGGACAUGUAGCAGCAGAAGCUGCAGCAACAGAAGCUGCAGCAGAGCGAGCUCAACCAGAAGAAGCUGCAGCAGGAGAAGCUGCAGUAGAGGGACAUGCAGCAGCAGAAUCUACAGCAGAGAAAGAGAAAGGCACUGAAGUUGAGAGCAAACCAAAGGCAGCACAAAGAGAAGAAGAAGAAGAAUUAAAUUCUGCUUCAGAAGAAAUACAACAGACAGAGAGUAACAGAAAAGAAGACAAAGAAGAGAAAGAAAAAACGAAGAAGAGAAAACACCAAGGAAAAACACUAAAAAAGAAAAACAGCAAAUACCCGAAGGAGAAAUAUGCAGAAAAAGAAAAGACGAAGGCGCUCUCAGAGAAUAUUCAAACGCAGAAAGAAAUGCAUUUAGAGUUGCAAGAAGAAAAGAAAGAAAUAAACAAGUAA